AUGGCGGCCAAUAGAUCACGGCGCGCCACCACAGCUCCCCCAAUCCAGCGCCGCAUCAACGUGACGACGAUCUGCUUCAAGGAGGAGGCCGCCCCCGCCGGCCAAUUUGCGGUGCGCGUGGUGUGCUACGUGACGGCUUCCAUCCAGUUCUGGAGGCUUGGUGCCUACCGGCCUCACGAAUCGGAUAUGGAAUCCUUCGGGGCCAGCACGACGACGUUCCUCGUCGCUGACCCCGCCCCGCUCCGGAGCGCCGCUGUCUGCCGUGGCGCCCUGCGCGGGAUGCUGGCGGUGCUCCCACAGAUCCGGUCGCUGCGCCUCAGGGAGGAUGAGUGGAACGCCGUCGUGCCCGAGGAUGUGGUGCCGGAGAUCGUGGGUGCGGCGGGCCGGGGCACCGGCUUCACCUUCUGCUUCCAUAUGGGGGUGCACCGUCGGGUGAUACACGACGAGCGGGGUCUCCUGAUGGCGUGCAAAGAGUGGCGGCUGGCGUCAACGGCGUUCGGAGAGAAGGACUGUGGGAUCUGCCUCGAUGGACUGGAGCGAGAGUCCGCCGCGCAGAUGACGGGCUGCGAGCACGCGUUCCACCGCCGGUGUAUUUCCGAGUGGAUCUCCAAGGCGACGUGCCCGAUGUGCCGGCACGACGUCUGGCGCCCUGCCCUGCCGGAGAUCCUUGAACUGUCCUUCGCCGGCGCGCCGGCUCAAGGCAUGCCAGAUAUUGAGUAG